AUGGGUGAAGAUAGUCUCAAGAAGUUGGUGAUUUCGUCGUUUUCACCAAAAGAAAUUGAAACUGCGAAGGACUUACUUUUCGAUUCGUUGACUACGAAGCAACGCAAGAUAUUGCGCAAAAACAGUGGCAAAACAGAGCGCAAUCUUCAGGACGUGAUAGCACUGUUUAAGCAAGAAAAUGCCGAAGAGCUGCCUAUAUUCGUAGCAAAGGAUUUGCAACGUUUACCGCCUAUUAGUUUUGAUCACAUCGACGCGACUCGGUUAUUAAAGGAUAUUCUAGUGUUAAAAAGCGACUUGGAGAACAUUAAGAACACAUAUGUUAAUGAACAACAACUAAACCAGAUAAAGAGCGACUUAGCAAAUUUAAAACAAGCGUCUGCUGUAAAUCCGUUUGAUUUAAAUAUCAAUCGAAAACGCGGCGCCGCAAUUGCAAAUAGUAGUUUCUGUUGCAAUAGCGGGCCAAUAGGACUUCUACCCCUCAGUGCAGAGAAAAGUAUCGAGCACGAAUAUAAUGUACCGCGCUGCGCAAACGAGUUAGCGGAGAAGAGCCAAAUGACUGUGCAUGCAGAGACCAGUGUGUUGUCUCAGUCUACCGUGUGCGAAGUAAAUGCAUCUGACGGCCCGCCUCGGAUGCAGCGUGAGAGCGAGAGCGAGAUAAGUGUGCCCGCGCAUCAGCCGACGUCACAAUACCAACCGGAGGAUAGCGUAUGGGCUAAAUCUAAAACGUAUGCGGGAGCAGUCGUUACAGACAACACAGAGCUAAAUGUGAAUAAAGUGAAUGAAAAUGACUGGGAGCAUAUGGUAAAUAGAAAAAAGCGAAGAAGGCAGAAUCUAUUUAAGGGAAACGAAGGAAAAGCUAUGGUACAAAUGGAUGGAAAAUUCAAAGCGGCAGACUUGCGAAUUCCUCUGUUUAUUAAUAAUGUACAUAAAGAUACGAGUGAGAAGGAUAUCCAGGACUAUAUAAAGCAGAAGACUGGCGAAUCAGUGUCUCUGAAGAAAAUUAAUAUGAAGAUACAAAAACGCUACGACUCCUACAAGGUUUUUGUACCACACACCAAGUUAUCGUUAUUUCUAGAUAACGCUAUGUGGCCUGAAGGAAUAAAAUUUCGUCGGUUUAUUUAUUUUGAUAGGAACAUGUACGCGUCUAAAAAUGUAAAUGGACCAGUAAAUGACAUGCACCAAAUAAAGAGGAAAAACGGCACAACGAACUGA